CCUAAAUGACUUCCUGUUAAACUACUGUGAUGUCAAAAUUAAAGCCUGACUUUGUCGUCAAGGAAGGGGACUGUCUGUGUGGAAAACUAUCGGACUGGAAUGUUUCUGUCCCAAACGUGCUUUUAUUUUGAAAGGCUGCACCGGAAGUGCAGAGGACCUCAAACUCAUCGCCUUCUGAGUCAAGGGGAGAAAUAUUUACUGACGGACGGGAAGGAGCCUCCUCUUUGACCCGCGCCUCCUGGACCCGUUCUCGCUUACGGAACCGGAAAUUGGGUCUGAAAGUUUGACCGUCGGACCUGGAACGUUCCGGUUCCGAACCUUGGUUAACCUUUCGCGGGGAGGAGCUGGAAUGGCUCGACCGAGGAAAAAAGCCGCUGCUGGAAGUUCAGAGUGAAGAAGACCAGAGGAGCCCAACCACACAACUGCUGACAGAGGAGGAGGAGGAGGAGGUGACCUUUAUUAAGACAAAGAGGAAGAAAGUCAUGAUGUCUGGAGGUGUGAAGCUGUUGGAGGUCUUCUCCCUGCUGCUGCUGCUGAGCGGAAACUCCGACUGCAGAGACUUUGAGCAGACUGAGGACCUGUCAUCCUACCAGCUGACUGUCCCUCGACCAAUAGGAGGCAGGCUGAGGAGGGACGUGGACGGAAGGCCACCUGAGCAGGUGUCUUACGUCAUCGCCGUGGAUGGAACGGAUCGCGUCGUGCACCUGGAGAGGAACCACCUGCUGAUGCCUGCAGACUUCACCGUCUUCACCUACAGUGAGAACGGAUCGGUCAUCGCAUCCAGACCUGCCGUCCAGGACCACUGUCACUAUCGGGGCUUCGUUCAGGACGUGGGGGGCUCCUCUGUGGCCAUGAGCAUCUGCAACGGCCUCAGAGGAGUGAUGCAUCUCACUGACGAAAGCUACGGCAUUGAGCCCUUAGACUCCGCCCCUGACCAGCACCUGCUGUACCUCCUACGCGAUGUGACGUCGCAGCCUCAAGGGUGUGGAACCCGUCACGAACGCAGCAACGUCACUGAGCAUGCUCAGCCUAAACCAACAGAAGUCCAUCACGGAGAGCACAGGAGGAUGAAGAGAGCGGUUCUCCAUAAAACUCACUAUGUGGAGCUGCUGCUGGUGGUCGACAACGACAGAUACAACUACAUGAACAGGAACCAGACCGCCGUGAGGGACGAGAUGGUUCACCUCGCUAACUUUGUGGACAGUAUUUACGUACAACUGAACGUUCGGGUGGUUUUGGUCGGUCUGGAAAUCUGGACCCACCAGAACCCAAUAAGCACUGAAGGAGAAGCUGGAGAGGUGCUGAGUCGCUUCACACAGUGGAGGGAGAAGGAGCUGGUUCCCCGCCGGCGCCAUGACUCAGCUCAGCUCAUCCUGAAGAAAAGCUUUGGCGGAACGGCGGGCAUGGCCUUCGUCUCCACGGUGUGUUCCAGAAGUCACGGAGGAGGCAUUAAUGCGUUCACCAACAACCGAAUUCCCGCCUUCGCCUCUAUCGUGGCUCACGAGCUGGGUCACAACCUCGGCAUGAACCACGACGACGGCCGCACCUGCAGCUGCCCCGUGGACGCCUGCAUCAUGAACUCUGGAACCACAGGAUCCAGAAACUUCAGCAGCUGCAGCGCUGACGACUUUGAGAAGAUGAUCUUGGUGACGGGAGGAAUGUGCCUCAUGAACGUCCCCCGGCCUGACGAGGCCUACAGCGCCCCCUACUGUGGAAACGGGCUUGUUGAUGUGGGAGAGGAGUGUGACUGUGGGUCAGAAAAGGAGUGUGAGGAAGACCCGUGCUGUGAAUAUAAGACCUGCAAGCUGAAGUCCUGGGCUCAGUGCGCGUAUGGAGAGUGCUGCUACAAGUGUCGGUACCUGCCAGGAGGGACGGUGUGCCGCAGCAGCGAGGACGAGUGCGACCUGCCGGAGUACUGCAAUGGCUCCUCCCCCCUCUGUCAGAGCGACGUCUUCAUCCAAGACGGACAGCCUUGCAGGAACCAGAAGGCCUACUGUUAUAACGGGAAGUGUCAGUACCACGACAAGCAGUGUCAGGCGUUAUUUGGAACCAAGGCCAUGGCAGCUCCUGAAAUCUGCUUCAAGGAGGUCAACAGCAAAGGAGACCGCUUUGGAAACUGUGGCUACCAGAACUUUCCCUUCAAGAAGUGUGAGAGCAGGAACGCUCUGUGUGGGAAGCUGCAGUGCUCCAACGUCCAGGGCGUCACCGUUUUUGGCAAAGUGCCGUCUUACAUCACCACACGGAUUGGCGGAGCCGAAUGCUACGGGGUCGACUUCAACCUGGGGUCGGACGUCCCCGACCCGGGGAUGGUGAACGAGGGGACCAAGUGUGGAGACAAUAAGGUGUGCAUGAACUUUGAGUGCCGCUCUGCCGACAUCCUGAAGAGCGACUGCGACACGGAGAAGAAGUGCCACGGACACGGGGUGUGCAACAGCAACAGGAACUGUCACUGCAGCAGCGGCUGGGCGCCGCCGUUCUGCGAGCUCUCGGGAUACGGCGGCAGCGUGGACAGCGGACCCACGUGGAACGAUAAAGACACGUCUCUCAGGGACGGCCUGCUGGUCUUCUUCUUCUUCGUCCUUCCUCUGCUCGGCUUGGGCGCGUUUGUUUUCCUGCGCAGGAACGAGCUGCUGCGCCGGCUGGGCCUGAGCCGCAGGAAGAGGUCGCAGGGAUACGAGCCCGACGCUGCAGCUUCAGGCCGCCAGAGCCGAGAGCCCCCUCCCAGAGCCCCGCCUCCAGCCAUCACCCGCGGAAACGCCAACGGCAGAGAUGCGCAUCACGCUCAGCUGCUGCCCCCAAAGGAGGUGGCGGAGCCCAACAGGACGACCCCGCCCCACCCCGCACGACCUACGCCCCACCCCGUACGACCUUCGGGCCCUCCCCUAAAACCCAAACCGUCUGCUGCAUCGCAACCUCUGGUGCCUCAAAGACCCGCCCCCGCUCCACCUGUCUAACCAAUCAGGAGACUCCUAACGACACCUGGAUGGCACCACUGUCCCUGUUCCUCUUCGUCUCUGCCCUUUAAUUUAACGUCCUCACAGCUGACGGGUAAAGGAUGUGUGUCCCUGAGGGGGACCGCAGCAGAACCUGCAGCUCCACCGGACCGGACCGGACCGUGAGGACAAGCAGCAUCACAGCCGGUCUGACCCGGAGACUCUGCUGCUUCUUCUUCCUGAGCGGACUCUGGAGCUGCGUUCCAUCAGGACCCCUGCCUGCAGGUCUCACUGAACAGGUCCAAACCCUGCCGAUCACCUGCUUCUAAACCAGCCAAUCAGAUCGCAGAAGACUGGGGGAAACCGUUCAGCCACUCAGAAAGGCUUUGUUAACAGGUACGCAUCAGGCUGUAGUUGGUGAGCUGGACAGGUAAUGAUAUUUUUCUGACGUUGGAGGGCGACGCCCAAAACACGGGGAGUUUAAAAAACAACAAAAAUCAGGAGUCUGUUUUUAUGAUUUAAAAAUAAAUCAGAUUAUUCUCAGAUAAUUCAAAGUAGCUUCUUAAAAAAGCCUAGAAUUCCACUUUUGUUUGUCCACAUGUAAACUCUUUGCUCUUAAAGAUCCUGAAUCUCCUGUUUUACUGUCAAAGGUUAAGGACGACCCAGACGUCUGAACCCUCAGCAACCAUCCUCUGCUUUCCUUAAGUUAGGCUAAAGUUACUUUAAAUGUUGUGUCCUCGUGCCGCCGUCGAGGUGAUGUGAAAACGGCUUCCACCUCUUCGUCUUUGCUGAGGGACCUGCUGACCAAACUCGCUUUCUUCUCGUUUACGUCCACAUUUAGCUGCAACCUGUCAGAAAUAAAGAGAAGCAGCAGCUGAGGAUCACAGCCUCCUGAUUCAUAAACCUUUGUUUGGUUGUUUGCUAAACUCCCUCCAUACGGGGCACAAAUUGAACCUCCAGUGGCGUUGGAAAGAAAAGGAUCGACUCAGCUCUUUGAUUCGCUGGUUAGCAGGUUUGGGGGCGGGGCUUGCACCUGUUUUUCCCCCUUCCACUUAUUUUCUGAUUUUUUUUUUAUUGAAAGCAUUGCUGCUCAGUGCUGUCAUAGGAAUGUACACUCCCCAACCCCCCCAUCUCCUGUUGGAGGGUGCGCUUGCUUCGCCCCACCUGGCCCUCCCAGCUCCUUCCUCCCAGAAUUGUAACCAGAGUUUAUGCAAUGGUGUCUCAGACGUAGAGUCACCACAAACGAGGUCUGUCUUAACGCUUCAGCACUGUUACGUCCGGAGGCUCAGACCCGCCUCCAGCCAGGGAUUCUUGGUCCAGCGGCCGCCCGCUGCACCACGAUGGCUGAUUCUGGAUCUGCACUGACUUCUGUGUGAAGGACGCGUGGCUCUCCCUCCUCGCCGGCUAAACCAGCCACAGCUGAUCCGAGAACGUCCGAACCGAGGACGUGUGUGGGAACGCAGCUCGGCGUGGGCCGGCUUCACCAUGACGCUCCGUUCACCAUCCAGACUCGUGCGUUCACAUCCCAACGGAAACAGAUGUUCUAAACCAAAUGAAAUAAUAACUGAACUGUUUUCCAGACCUAAAAUGUUUUCUGAUUAAUAUAUAUUCAUCAACUGUCUUGUUUCUUCCUCAGUUUAAAAUUGAAGAUAUGGUGAAAAUUUCACCGAAUAUCUGCUGAUAUUUAAGCACGAAAGCAUUUAUUUAAAGAUUUAAAACUUCUCUUAUCGGCCCAGAUGUGAAUUCUCAACCAAACGAACGUUUUUGGUGAAGUGGCAAAGGAAACAUAACCGUGCAGGUAAAGUUCCAUCUUCGCUCCUAAAAAGAAGAAACUAAAGGAAGAAACAUAUCUUAUGAUGAGAAAAAUCAAAUAGAAAUGUUUGUGUAAAAUUCUAAAGUCAUCUUUUUAGACCAACUUCAAAUUUGUGAUUUUAAAACUCAAUGUUAAAUGUAAACAAUAAGUGUUGAGUUACAGACUGUACACUGUCAAAUGAUUUAAUGAUUAAAAACGGCACAGAUCUUCUAUAUUUUAGUCUUUUUUGUUGUUGUUUUUAGGCAAACUUGAAGCACUAAAGGAAAACGAGUCCACACUUUGGACAUGCUUCUGUAAACUCAGUCUAGCAAAAACAGGUCUGUUCAAGUGGACGACAACAACAGUCUGUAGAAAUCAGGACGUUUACAUUUUUACCCAAAUUACCAAGAAUUUCAUUUUUGAAGACUAGAAAUAAAUGAAAAAAACAUGAAAUCUGGCUUCAUAUCAAAUGUUUUUCUCUAUUUAAUGCUCAUUGUAAAUUUCUACAUUUAAACCAGGAAAAGAACUUGAGCAGUUGUCUUAUUCAGAAGUGCAGAACGAUGGUUUUGAAGGAACAAACCUGUUUGUUUUAUUUACAGUCAACAUUUUAGAAAUGAGCCAGAAUGUGUCACAGAAGGGUUGACAACGUAUCAUGACAGAAUUUAGCCAAUCACAAUCAAGGAAUCCUACACACCUUUUUGUGAUGACGGCGACCUGUGAGCCAGACUUUGGACAAGCCUGGUCUAUAGUGUACUUGCUAUACUUGUACUCAAGUAUACUUUAAGUGACGUACUUUUUGCAAAGGAUAUCUCUGUCAAAUCUGCAGAAACACCUGAGCAAAAAUUAACAGAGAACAUUAAAAAAAAAAAAAAAAAAGCUAAAAAGGA